CUUAUUUGUAUCUAAUAAUAAUACAUAGAUAGUUGGUUAACUAGUUAGCUAACGAAUUAGAUCAACUUUUUCAGCCGAGUAGCGAGCUUGGUUAACGAAUUUGUUUGCUCGCAGCAAAAUGGCGACAAACACCACACAGCCGAGCUCUAAUUCUAACUGGCCAUAUGGGGGCACUUCUACCACAGAAGCACCUGUGCAUGAAAAUCCAGAGUGGGAAAAAGCUCGGCAAGCGCUGGCCUCUAUCAGCAAGAGCCAGACUUCCACUAAGACCUCAGCAAGCAAUCACAUCAACACACAGGCUGACCAGUAUCAGACAGCAUCAACAGACUCUUCUGUAAUGCAGCACCAACAGUACUAUCAGUGGUACCAACAGAACCAGCCACAGUAUGCAGGAUACACCUACCCUUAUGGUUACUACUACCCAGUGCCUCCAUAUGGUGGUGGGUAUCCAGUAAGUCAAUAUGGUGCACCUGGAGCCUUUCAACCACCCACAUCUGCUACUGCCCAGCACGUAAACAUUCCUGCUGUAAAGGAGCAGUCCUCUGGUUACCCAUGUGAAGUGCAACCCCAAACUCCUGCUGCCCCUCAGCCUCCAUCACAGAGCCCCACAGGCUCAGAAAAGCCCCCACCCCCUGCCAUACCACCACCCAAUUCCCAAUACCCUCCACCCCCUUCUCAAACCCCCUACCCCCCUAAUGGUGCCAUGCCCUACAGCCCCACCGAUCCCAGCCCUAUGAGCCCCUACGGUCAUGGGCUGAACAAGCCAGGGUUCCAAGCUUACCAGGCUUCUGGAUACCAACCACCACAGCAGCAGGGGCAGUAUGGAGGCAGGGUUGAUGCUAACAGUGCAAACAUAAACAAGGGUGGACAGCAACUGUGGAACCGCAUGAAACAGGCUCCUGGUGCUGGAAGUGUAAAGUUUAACAUCUCUAAACGCCUGUAUGUGAUGACCAGUCAGAAUUUUUCAGCUGAAGAGCAGGUGUCUGAAAUGGCUAAUUCCGCCUCAAUCAGCACAGUGUCUUCAGCAGCAAUAGCUACCACUGCAGGAAAUGACAAAGGGCCUCAAGACUGGCCCCAGGCAAUGAAAGAAUAUGUGCAGCGUUGCUUCACAGCCUGUGAGACAGAGGAAGACAAAGAUCGCACAGAGAAGGUGCUGAAGGAAAUUCUGCAAAGCAGACUACAAGAUGGCUCUGCCUUCACCAUUGACUGGACUAGAGAACCAUUGCCAGAGGUGAAAUCUAGACAGUCUCGAUGGGAGGCACCACCUCAGCGCAUCCAUGAGAACGCAGUCAGUCGAGGGGGUGCUAGUCGAGGCAGGGGUGGCGCUCGACUGGGGAACUACAGAAAUGUGUUUUCCCAGAGAAGCCCAUCCACUAGCUCAUCCCGCUCAUCUUCAAGCUCACCUUCCCCUCACAGCCGGCACAGAGAUAGGAGUAGACACCAUCGCAGUGACUCAGGCUCCCAGUCUGAUAGCAGCCUGUCUAGCGACCUUCGGCCAUCCAGGAGGCAGCAGCGAGCUGGAAGGAAUCUAGUGGAAGCCAGAGAGAAAGGUAAAGGAGCACUGGGAGAACGAGGCCGAGGAAGAGGAGGAAAAGCAAACAGAGGGCGGAGGAACCCAGGCGAGCUGUCCAGCGUCAUGGGUAAAAAGCGGAAGGGAGGCACAGCAGGUCUGGACUUCCAUGACCCAAACCGAGAGGCCAAAAAACAGAGCCGAGCAGCCCGAUUCCUCACCAAGCGCACAGAACCACUGGUGCUGAACAUCAAUGCUAUCGAGCUACCUAAUGGUUCACAGGAGGGCCUUAGCUGGGACGAUUGCCCUAUUGUUGGGACAUGCCAGGAUAUUACAAAAAUCUACCUGCGUUUGACCUGUGCACCUGACCCUUCCACUGUCAGACCCGUAUCUGUAUUACGGAAGUCUUUAACUGCAGUAAAGGCUCACUGGAAGACCAAUCAGGAUUACCAGUAUGCCUGUGAACAAAUGAAGUCAAUACGACAAGACCUUACUGUUCAAGGUGUGCGAACAGACUUUACAGUGGAGGUCUAUGAGACUCAUGCACGGAUUGCUUUGGAGAAGGGUGACCACGAGGAGUUUAACCAGUGUCAGACGCAGCUUAAGGCACUUUACAAAGAGUGUCCAUCAAGCAAUGUUGGGGAAUUCACUGCCUACAGACUACUCUACUACAUCUUUACUAAGAAUUCUGGAGACUUGACCACCGAGUUAGUGUAUCUUACACCUGAGCUUCGCGAAGAUGAAUGUGUAUCUCAUGCUCUCGCACUCCGUGCUGCCUGGGCACUUGGAAACUUCCACCGAUUCUUUCAGCUGUACAAGCGAGCGCCCCGCAUGGCUGCAUAUCUCAUCGAUAAGUUUACGGAGCGUGAAAGGAGGUUGGCAUUAAGGGCCAUUCUCAAAACGUUUAGGCCCUGUGUGCCGGUGGAGUAUGUGCAAUCCAGUCUAGGCUUUCCAUGUUUAGAUACAUGCUUAGCCUUCCUGACAGGGCUCGGGGUUUCAUUUAGUUCAUCAGAUCCAAGCAAGAUAGACUGCAAAAUCAGCUCAGCUUCUCUCACCACUUUAUAGGGAGAAAGCAAGGGGGUGGGGUUAUCUAUAAGUUAAUAGAAAUUAUAAGGGACCAGAAGUCUGCACAACACAGACACAAGGCCAUCUUAGCUGUAAGAGAUAGCAUUGCACAGCAAUGAUUAGACACAUUUUAUAUUUUAUUACUCUUAUAGAGUGGAACCUGUACACAAUGCACCAUAAACACACAUUUAGUGACUUAGUUAGAAGUGCCACACUGAUUGGCAGAAGUGUUUUUUAAGUAUUGAACACAGGGAGACAGACUGUACAACUUGCAUUUAUACACUAGCUCUUUGGGUCUUAGUUAUCAUGUCUUUAGACCAGAGUGGUUGAAGUAGUUGAAAAGUUUCUGGAGCCCCCAUUUCCUAGGCCUCACAAAUCUUUUAGAAGCUAACAGUGUUCUGUGUUUUCAUGUUUUUUUCCUCCCUCAAGCUAACAGCCUCAAAGCUCACAUGAAGACUACAAAGUCCUGAAAACUAAAGGUGUGACGAAAGAUUUUUUUUCAGCCUGAAAUAUUUUGGUUCAUCUCAUCAAGAACAAAGUUGCUGCUCAAGUUUACAUGAUUCAAGGCGCCUGGUUUCCAAGUCUUCUGUUUCAAUUGACUGUAUCACUUUGUGUGAGCCGAGUCUGACCUGAAGAGGAGGGUUUGUAUACCUGAAUACGUCUCCCUCUGUUUGAAUGAGCAGCAGAAAAGCUCGGCAGCAACAGAGAAAUAUCUACCAAGGUUUCCUGUGUAUAGACUUGCAAAGAUGUCAUCCCUCUGUAACCAUGCAAAUAGUGGUUUCAGCAAUUUCUUCAGCCUUCCACCUCUUCCAGUGUCCUUUUUCUCAGUCCCACACACGUCCCUGGCACAUCUAGUAUCUGUUCGUCAAGUUACGGAGUCCCCACAACACCCAGAGCAUAGUUUAGUAAAGUGGCUGCAUCAAGGCAAGGACUCAGUUAAGCAAUUCUGCAGAAUAAUUACCACGACCAGUGCAGUCCAGCAGCAGUUCACAGCCUGGCUGAGUCUAUUUAGGUCUGCUUAGCAGUUCUUCCAUGAAGAUUACCACAUACCGAAGAGAUGGUCCACAGUGCAGCUCCGAACAAGAUCGAUGGAGGCCACAGCCAGGCGAGCCAGUACUUCACGAGACACCACCAGCAGCACCGUUGUCACUUCCUGCUGCUGUUUAUGUAGGAGCUGAACGUAUGGUCAUGCAUAAUGGGACGAGGAUAAAAGUUGAAUAAAAAUACACCCACAGCUGACGUUGGAAAGUGACCACUGUGACACCUGACAGACGAAAGAAUUUGCUUUGUUGUAGCAUUGUCUGUUUAAGCACUGAAGAAAAUGUGAUAUGUGGGGUUUUUUUUUUAUUUCAUGCUCUGUCUUUAGGCUUUAGAUGACCUUAAAAAUUUAAACUGUUUGUUAAAAAUAGUUUUCUCAGACUUUGUGCUUGCCAUUAAAUUAUUUUUGAAACAUUAUACCUUUCAGAUAUAUGUUGUUCCCUUGUUUUACAUCAUUAAUAAUCAUAUUGACUAUCAUGCUAGACACCAUUGGCGUUAAGUAACUUUUAAUUCUCACUAGAAAUCUGUUUCGUGCAAGAUUGGGGAACAGGAUAUUUCUGUAUAUAGUAUUGUUAUUUCUCUUAUAUUUUUUGCUCUUAAAAGGGUUCUUUGACAAUAUAACGCUACAUUAACAGUAUCAGUUAAGACUAACGAUUUUUCAUAAGUUAAACAAUCUUUAUUUUUUGCUGUACUCCCAACAGCACUGUUUCUCCUCUUGUCCCUUUCCCAUCUUUAAAUGUGAACUGUGCUCUUGUUCCACCAAGUUGUCUAAUUUCUGACUGCUUUCUCACUUUAGCACAAUAGCAAAUUUCAUGCUUCUCUUGUUUUGUGAUGUUUAUUUCUGUCACGGGUUCAGUUAUUUUGCCUAGUGUUUAUUUUCUUUACUCUUUAACUCUUUCUCCUUUUCUCUUUCCUUAACCUUUUACUUUUCACCCCCUUUCUUGAAUAUGUAAAGGCUGUGUUGUGUGUAUGUGCUCCAUGUUUGGCAGUAAGUAUUUUUACAGCAGCUGCUUGAUUCUCUGCCUCCUGAGCUCUCGACAUCCGAAUGUCGGCGCUGAACGUCAUAUUAAGAUUUGUGAAUAGUAUAAUUCUGCCUGUUGUACAUUAUCUGUACAUAAUGUAUCUGCUCUUGAUGAAAUAAAUAGAAAUGAAAUA